CCGGCCCUCGAAGCAGAUCGACGUCGCGACGGGCGAGCACAUGCUCGGACCGGGCUUCGCGAAGGUUCCGGGAGACGUCGAGUGCCGCGAGGGCCAGCUGGUGCGCUUCGACUGCCGCGUGACGGGCCGGCCGUACCCGGACGUCGAGUGGUACCACAACGACGUGCUCGUGUCGGACGACGCCGCGCACAAGGUGACCGUGAACGAGUACGGCGUGCACUCGCUGCUCAUCUUCGCGGCGGACGUGCGCGACGCCGGAUCGUACAUCUGUGUCGCACGCAACCCGAUGGGCGAGUCGUCAUUCUCCGUGAAACUCACCGUCGUCCCACGAGAGAGAGUGAUGCCACCCAAGUUUGUCGAGCAUUUCCCAUCUGUAAGGGCUAAUGAGGGAGAGCAUGUGACUUUCCAUUGCCGCGCAGUGGGUGAACCUACCCCUACCCUGACUUGGCACAAGGACGGUAUCCAGAUUGUACCAAGUCGUGACAUACAGAUUGACUCACACGAUGGAACUUCUAUGCUGGUUAUGCCACGCUGCCGCAGAGAUGAUGCAGCCUGGUAUGAGUGCACAGCCAUAAACGUGGCUGGCAGCGUUACAACCAGGGGCAAGCUCGAUGUGCACGUUGACCACAAACCAGUGGAGUACAGAGAGAUCUACCUGCCGACGGGCAAGGUCAAGCCGAGAGGUCCCGGCGACUCGGGCGAGACGAUCUGGCUCAAGCCGGUCGAGAUGGCCAGGUACGAGCGCAGAGAGUCGCACGAGGACAUCCGACUGAAGGAGGUGAGGCACACGCAGCAGCGCGAGGUCACCUCCACCGAGAGGGACUGGGAGGAGAAGAAUGUCUACCCGUUCUGGCAGAAGAAGCCCGUCGUCGAGACGAGACGCGAGACCAUCUACUUGAAGCCGACGAAGUUCGAGCAUCACGCGGAGGACGAGCAGGGCGAGACGAUCUGGCUGAAGCCCGUGGCGAGGGAGAGGUACAUUGUGACCGAGCCCGAGCCGGAGGUGCACGUCCCGGCGCCCGCGCCCAGGCCUCUCUUCCUGACGCAGCUGAACAACAUCUCGAGACUGCCCGAGAGGCAGAGGGCUGUAUUCGAAUGCCAGGUUGAACCAGUGAGCGAGCCGUCACUGCGCAUACUGUGGUAUGCUAAUGGAAAGCCGAUCACACAAGGUCCGCGCUUCCAGAUGGAAAUUUCACCCAGUGGAAUGGUUAGACUGACAAUCACAGAGGCCUACGUUGAGGACUCUGGUGUUUACACGUGCAAGGCCACCACCUCUUCGGGCGAGGCCUACACUAGUGCUACGUUGAGAGUUGAAUCCGUAGCAACAAGGCCAACAUUAGUACAGGGCCUAAAAGACUUAUCGAACCUAAAGGAGGGAGACAGUGCCCACUUUGAGGUGCACUUCACACCAGCUGAUGACAAAGACAUCAUUGUGGAAUGGUUCCACAAUGGCAAACCUAUACCCGUUGGUGGCAGGUUUAUAACAGGACAGAGACCGGGAGUGGCGACACUGGACAUUUCACCGGUGCUACCCGAAGACAGUGGAGUAAUCACGUGCAGGAUCACCAACAAGGGUGGCUCUGUGACGAGCUCUGCUAACAUGCACUGCGCACCAACAGACAUUGGCAACAGGCCAGUGUUCAUCAACCCACUGAACAACCAGCUGGGCCUGAAGGAGGGCGGACUGGCCCACUUCGAGGCGCGCGUCGAACCCCACCACGACCCGAAACUGAAGGUGGAGUGGUUCUGCAACGGAGCGCCGCUGAAGAUCGGCUCGCGCUUCAAGCCGCUGUUCGACUUUGGCUUCGUGGCUCUCGACAUAUGCCCUGUCUACCCAGAGGAUUCUGCCAUCUACGUGUGCAAGGCCACCAACGAGUAUGGCCAGGCAACAACGUCCGCUACGCUGGAGUGCUUCGGCGAGGAAGGAACGAAGAGACCAGUGUUUGUCAGCCAACUGAACGACCUGCCAGGCAUGCAGGAAGGACAGGCAGCCCACUUUGAGUGCAGAGUGGAGCCGGCCAACGACCCAACACUGAGAGCAGAGUGGUUCCACGAUGGAAAGCCCAUUGUGAAUGGACCGAGACACAGGACAAAUCUGGAGUUUGGACUGGCCUCACUAGACAUCAACCCACUGGUGCCUGGAGAUGCUGGUGUAUAUAUCUGCAAGGUUACUAACGAGUAUGGCAGUAGCAAUACAUCGGGCUCCAUGCACGUGCUACCCAAAGUGCAACCUAAGCCCCCAACGUUUGUAUCAACGCUGCGAGCCCAGACUGCCGACGAAGGCAAGAAAGUGAUAUUCGAAUGUCGCUACGAGCCAGCCCGAGACCACGUCACUAUUCAGUGGUACCACAACGGGCAGCCAAUACCCGUCGGUGCCAGAUUCAAGACGAAACAAGACUUUGGUGUAGCAGUGUUGGAGAUUAAUCCAGUUCACCUGGAGGACUCUGGCGUGUACAGCUGCCACAUCACCACAGAGUGGGGUGAUGAUGAUACCUCAGCUAGCUUAACCGUUAACGAGAAACUUGAGGGCAAGGCACCAGUGUUUAUCAGUCCACUAAAUAACCAGAUGGGAAUUGUUGAGGGAAAGCUGGCCCACUUUGAGGCUCGUGUUGAACCUCACCAGGACCCUAAGCUGAAGGUGGAAUGGUUCUGUAACGGAAGACCCCUUAAAGUUGGAUCUAGAUUCAGGCCUCUGUUUGACUUUGGCUUUGUUGCCUUGGACAUUAGCCCCUGCUAUCUGGAGGAUAAUGGAGAAUAUGUGUGCAGAGCGUAUAACGACUAUGGAGAAGCAUUCUCCACCUGCAUACUGGAAUGCAUCGACGACUCUGCCAGGCGUCCGCGCAUCACUGGCCCACUCAACCACCUGCCGAACAUGCUGGAAGACAUGUCCGCUCACUUUGAGUGCAGGGCCGAGCCAGGCACAGACGAGACGCUGCGUGCAGAGUGGUUCCACGACGGACUACCCAUCGUUGAUGGUCCCAGACAUAGGACAAAACUAGAGCAUGGUGUUGCUACCCUGGAUAUCAGCCCUCUCGGAAGAGGCGACAGCGGUGUGUACACAUGCAAGUUCACAAACCAGUACGGCACGACCCAGACCUCUGCCAGCAUGAGAGUAGAUGCCAAAGUGCAGCCAAAGCCGCCCGUGUUCGUGUCGCCGCUGCACGCGCAGACCGCCGACGAGGGCAAGUCCGUGCGCUUCGAGUGCCACUUCACGCCCAAGGACGCGCCCGUCAAGGUUGAGUGGUUCCUCAACGGCGAGCCGAUACCGCACGGAUCACGCUACAGGACGUCGCAGGACUUUGGUGUCGCGGCUCUCGAGAUUUCUCCCGUACACAAGGAGGACUCCGGACUCAUCACCUGCCAGAUCACGACCGAGUGGGGCAGCGCCCAGACCUCGGCUCAACUCACCUGCGCACCCAAGGAGACUACUGGUAACAAACCAGUGUUCAUCAACCCACUGAACAACCAGUUGGGCAUCAUCGACGGCAAGCUGGCCCACUUCGAAGCGAGAGUCGAGCCGCACCAGGAUCCCAAGCUGAGGGUGGAGUGGUUCCACAAUGGAUUCCCGCUGAAGAUCGGAACCCGCUUCCGACCGCUGUUUGACUUUGGCUUCGUCGCUCUGGACAUCAGUCCUUGCUAUACGGAGGACUCUGGAGUGUACACCUGCAGAGCUUGGAACGAUUAUGGAGAAGCCAUCGCGACGGCCACGCUCGAAGUCAUAUCUGACCAAGGCACGAGGCGACCAGUGUUUGUUAGUGCACUGAACCAUCUGCCAGGCAUGAAAGAAGGCAUGGCCGCACACUUCCAGUGUAAGGUAGAGCCAGCUAACGACCCGACAUUGAGGGCAGAGUGGUUCCACGAUGGAGUACCUAUUGUAGAUGGACCGAGACACAGGACGAGCCUAGAGUUUGGCAUUGCCACACUGGACAUCAACCCACUGGUGCCCGCAGAUGCUGGCAUGUACGUCUGCAAGGUGACAAACGACUUUGGAACAGCGCAGUCGUCUGCAACCAUGGGAGUAGAACCCAAGGAAAGGCCGCAGCCUCCAGUGUUCGUCAGUCCCAUACAGGCGAGGACGAUACGUGAGGGAUACCCAUGCAGAUUCGAGGCCCGUUAUGAACCAGCAAGAGACCCUGGAGUUAGGGUAGAGUGGUUCCAUGACGGUCAGCCCAUCCCCGUCGGCACGCGAUUCAGACCUUCAACAGACUUUGGCAUAGCCGCACUUGACAUUAAGCCAACUGAGGUGGAAGACACUGGUACCUACACGUGCCAGGUGACAAACGAUUAUGGCCAGGCUCAAAGCUCUGCACCACUGCAGUGCACUGCAAAGAAGACGGGCAUGCGACCCAAGUUCCUGACACCACUGCGCCCGCAGCAUGGGCUCAUGCAGGGUAAGACUGCUCACUUUGAGUGUCGCCUAGAGCCGACAGACGAUCCGAUCCUGAGAGUGGAGUGGUACCACAACGGACAGCCACUCAAAACAGGCUCGCGAUUCCGGCCGCUGCACGACUUCGGCUUCGUCGCGCUCGACAUCAACCCCGUCUACCCGGAGGACUCCGGCGAGUACAUCUGCCGCGCCGUCAACGACUACGGCGAGGACCACAACCGCACAACGCUCGAGUGCAUGGGCGACCGGCCGAUCGACUGGACGACCCAGCAUCCGGAGGGACUCACGCAGCUGCGCCACCUCGAGCAGCCUCGGCGGCUGCGUCCGAGCGAGGAGCGCACGACGGGCCGCGCGCCCGUCUUCACGAGCAAGCUGCGCGACGUGCCGCACGUCGCCGAGGGAUCCGGAGCGCACUUUGAGGCGCGGCUCGAGCCCGCCAACGAUCCGGAUCUUGUCGUCGAGUGGUUCUUCGACGGCGAGCCGCUGAAGACAGGUCACAGAUUCAGGACUAUCCACGAUUUUGGCUUCGUUGUUCUCGACAUCCUGUACGUCUACCCAGAGGAUACGGGCGAGUACGUGUGCAAAGCCACCAACAAAUACGGGCAGGCAACCACGACUGCUCAACUCGGAUGCAGAGGCAAAUCUGGCAUCUCCUACGAGUCACAGCACCCAGAAGGUCUUCAGCAAAUUAAGUACCUAGAGCAUCCAAAGGAUUCUCGUAAGGACUGGCCCGAGGAAGUCAAAUCGACACAGAAACCACAGUUCGUUACCCAGCUGCGAGACUUGCCGAACGCGAAGGAGAGCCAGGGUGUGCACUUUGAGGCCAGACUCGAGCCGCACAACGAUCCCAACAUGCAGAUCGAGUGGUACCACAACGGAAAGCCUCUUGAACACGGUCAUCGAUUCAGACCGAUGCAUGACUUUGGCUACGUCGUGUUGGAUAUUCUCUACGUUUACCCGGAGGACUCCGGGGAGUACGUCUGCCGUGCGGUGAACAAUGUCGGCGAGGAUCAGACGAGAGCCGUUCUCCACGUGCAAGACAAAGCGGGAAUCGUAUACACAAGCGGAUUGCCGGACGAAGCUCAGAUCGUCGAGAAGAUCCAGAAUCUGGAAGAGUACGGGCGGCAGCGCGCCAGAAAGCCGUUCGAGGCCGACCUGCUCUAUCCGAAGCCGGUGUUCACGACGCACAUCAAGGACGUUGCUAACCUCGUGGAGAGACAGAAAGCUCACUUUGAAGCCAGGCUGGAACCGGCGAACGAUCCCGACCUGAAGGUCGAGUGGUACUUCAAUGGAAAGCCGCUAGAAGCCGCGAACCGCAUCACGCCGUACCACGACUUUGGAUUUGUCGCGUUGGACAUUGGCGACACCAAGGACGACGACUCUGGCGUUUACAUGUGCCGAGCGUGGAACAAGGCUGGUGAAGCCUUCACGACGGCGUCUCUUCGCGUGCACCCUUUGAAGGGACUAAUCCUAGAAACCCAGCUACCCGACUCCAAGGCCGCCGACGAGAUCGAUCAGCUCGAAGCGUAUCAGGCGCAGAAGGCUAGGAGGCCGACGUGGGGAGAGGCGGAGCCUGCGUGGCCGCGUCCCACGUUCACGACCCCCCUGCAGCCGUCGGUGGACCUCGUCGAAGGAAGCCGCCUGCACGUCGAGGGAAGGCUCGUGCCAAUCGGUGACCCCAACAUGAAGGUCGAGUGGUACAAGAACGGAGUGCCUCUCGAUUACGGUAACCGCAUCAACACCAUGAAUGACUUUGGAUACGUGGCUCUCGACAUCUUCCCGGCUAUCCCCGAGGAUGAGGGUGUCUAUACCUGCCGUGCAGUGAAUAAAGCUGGAGAGGCCACUUCCGGAUCAACGGUCAGAUGCCAACCCAAGGAGAGCAUGUAUUUGCACACGAUCCACCCAGAAGGCUUGCAGGCCAUUCAGAGGCUGGAAUCCUACCAGAGACGCCCAGUGAGAGAGUCACCGGAGAGACUCGGACAGAAGCCGAUAUUCAUCACGCAAAUCCCGAACAUCGAAUGCUCUGAGAACCAGAGGUCGUUCUUCGAAUGCCAGCUAGAGCCAGCCACCGACCCGAAGAUGAAAGUGGAGUGGUUCUUCAAUGGACAGCCACUCGUUGCAGGUCACCGCUUCAAGCCGACGCACGACUUUGGCUACGUUACACUGGAGAUCCUCUACACGAACCCCGAGGACAGCGGCGUCUACGUGUGCAGGGCCACCAACGACAUGGGUGAAGCAGUCACCUCUGCUACACUACACUGCACAGGUAAGAAGAGCAUCUACCUGGAUACGACGCACCCCGCCGGACCUCAGGCCAUCGAGGAGCUGAAGGACCUCGAGGACCUCGCUGCUCGCCGCGCCAUUCACGAGAUCUGGGUUCCCGAGGAGCACAAGCAGAAGCCAGUGUUCGUCACGCAGGUGCAGAACAUCGACAACCUGCGCGAGGGUGACAGCGCCGCGUUCGAGGCGCGCCUCGAGCCGACCAACGACCCGAAGAUGCAGGUGGAGUGGUACAGGAAUGGCGAACCGCUGCCGUCCGGCACGCGUUUCACGACGAUGCACGACUUUGGUUAUGUGAGGGCCGACAUCGCGACCGUCUACCCAGAGGACGAGGGCCUGUACGUGUGCCGCGCGUUCAACGAGGUCGGCGAAGCUUUCACCUCGGCGACGCUGAAGUGUGCCGGCAAGCCCAGCAUCUACGGCGAGACGAUGUUCCCCGAGGGUCUGGACAAGAUCCGUCAGUUGGAGGACAAGCCAGAGCGGGUGCGCCAUGUUCCCGAGGAGUUCUACAGGAAGCCCGUGUGGACGACGCCGCUGGAGAACGUCGACAACCUCGUAGAGGGCGGCGUCGCUCACCUGAGCGGACGCGUCGAGCCGCUCAACGACCCCAACCUGAAGGUCGAGUGGUACUUCAACGGAGAGCCACUCGUGGCCGGCACGCGCUACUCGACGACGUUCGACUUUGGCUACGCGGGUCUCGACAUCAACAACGUGCAGCCCGAGCACACGGGCGUCUACAUGGCGCGCGCCUACAACGCUGUCGGCGAGGCGCUCACCACGGCGACGGUGAAGUGCGCUGGCAUGCCGAGCAUCUACACAGGCCCGCUGCACCCGGAGGGACUCGACCAGAUACAGAUGCUGGAAGCGGACAAGGAGCCGCAGGCGCGCUACGUGCCAGAGACGGCGAAGGAGCCUCCGCGCUUCCUCACGCAGCUGCAGCACCUGCCGAACCUCGUCGAGGGAGACCACGCGCACUUCGAGGCGCGCCUCGUGCCGAUCAAUGAUCCGGAGCUCGUCGUCGAGUGGUACCACGACGGACAGCCCGUCGAAGCCGCUUCUCGAGUCAAGAUGAUUCACGACUUUGGCUUUGUUGUUCUGGAGAUUGAGGGAGUUAACCCGGAAGACUCCGGGGAAUAUGUCUGCAGAGCCUACAACCCACAGGGAGAAGACACUACAACCGGAUCUCUGACUGCACAACCAAAGUCGGCGAUCGUGACGAGCACCAACUUGCCAGAGCAUCAGCGACUGGUUGAGAAGAUCAAGGAGAUGGAAGACGAUUCGGCAUUGCGCUUUGCUAGGGAGCCGUCUGCAGAGAAGGAAUUGCAGCCACCAAAGUUCAUCACCGAACUGCAGACCUAUCUCGACCUGACUGAGGGUGAGAGUGUCCAUCUUGAAGCCAGACUGGAACCACUUAAUGAUCCAACUCUGGAAGUUGAGUGGUUCUUCAACGGUGAACCACUAGAAGCAAGUCACAGGUUCAGAACAAUCCACGACUUUGGCUUUGUCGUACUGGAGGUACAGUUCCUGCUGCCCGAGUACACGGGAGAAUACAUGUGCAGGGCCAGGAACCCUGCCGGAGAGGACAUGACCAAAUGCGAGCUGAAAAUCGCACCAAAGCUGAGCAUUCUCAGCCAGACGAAUCUACCCGAUCAGCAGAGAAUCGCCGACAAGAUCAACGACCUCGAGGCGUCGCUUGCUCCCGGUCCGAGCAUGCCGGGCGAAGGAGAGUUUGUGCCGAGAGAACCUCCGCGUUUCAUCACGCAGCCCGACAACGUGGACAUACACGAGAAUGACUCGGCUCACUUUGAGGCACGCUUGGAGCCCAUCAACGACCCGACGGUGCAGAUUGAGUGGUUCUUGAACAACGAGCCACUAGAAGCCAGUCACAGACACAAGGGAAUACACGACUUUGGUUUUGUCAUCUUGGAUAUCAGCAACUGCUUCCCGAGGGACACUGGUGAAUAUGUCUGCAGGGCAUGGAAUGACAUUGGAGAGGACUUUGCUCGCGCAACACUGAAAUGCGGCGAUGACCUUACAGGUCAACCACCGUGGUUCACGCAGGAGUUGAUGCCAAUCGAAGGCUUGAACGAGGGAGACAGUGGCCACUUUGAGGGCCGCGUAGAGCCGUCCAAGGAUCCAGAUCUGAGAACAGAAUGGUUUUUCAACGGAAAGCCCGUCAGGAGCGGUCACCGCUUCAAGACGAUCCUCGACUUUGGCUUCACGAUCCUCGACAUCAACCCCGUCUACCCGGAGGACCAGGGCGAGUACGUGUGCCGCGUCUACAACAAGUACGGCGAGGCGUUCUCGCGCGCGCCGCUCUCCUGCUCGGGCAAGCGCAACGUCAUCUACGACACGCAGCUGCCGCCGGGCAUGGAGGAGGCGAUGAACAAGAUCCAGGAUCUCGACAACGCGCCAAAGUACCCGGGGCCGGCCGCACCCGAGGAGGUCGCCGGACAGCCGCCGGAGUUCAUCGUGCCGCUCAACGACAUCACGGAUCUGACCGAGGGAGAUAGCUGUCACAACGAAGCCAGGGUGAUCCCGGUCGGUGACCCCGACCUGUACGUCGAGUGGUUCUUCAACGGGGAGCCGCUAACGAUCGGCAGCAGAUUUAAGACCGUCUUUGACUUUGGCUUUGUGACGAUCGACAUCUCACCAGUAUAUGACGAGGACACUGGCGAAUACAAGUGUGUUGCUACCAACAAGUACGGUCAGGCCGAGACAAAGGCAAUUAUCAAGUGUACACCAAAGACAGCAUUGCUCAUGGACACACAGCUUCCAGAGAGCAUGAGGGCAGGUAUGCAGAAGAUAAAAGAUUUGGAGGAUGCCAUGGAUAGGCCAAAACACCCAGAAGAGCCGGCAGAUGCAGGCGAACCACCGAAGUUUAUCGUCCCUCUAACAAGUCCAGUUGUAACAGAGGGUGCACCAGCUCACCUUGAAGCCAGACUUGUGCCAAUUGGAGACCCAACUAUGAGAGUGCACUGGUUCCGCAAUGGAGAACCAUUCAAUCUAGGCACUCGAUUAACGACAAUGUAUGACUUCGGACUCGUAUGGUUGGACAUUAACCCUGCAUGGCCAGAGGAUGUUGCCGAGUAUACGUGUGUUGCCAUUAACAAGUGGGGACAGGACCAGACUACAGGAAAUCUCAGUGUAACACCCAUCCAGGAAGUUGGCGAGCCGCCAAAGUUUGUCACUCAGCUGCCAACAGUUGAUGUACCAGAGGGUGAUGUCACUCACCUAGAGGCGAAGCUCAUACCAGUCGGAGAUCCAACCAUGAGAGUGACGUGGUUCUUCAAUGGAGAACCACUCCAUGUCGCCGGUCUAGAUUAUCUGAGGAAAAGGUGUUAUAUGAAGCGGUUACGUCAGUGGGGAAGCAGAUUCGUGACGGAGUACGACAUCGGUCUCGUGAAGCUGGACGUCUCACCAACGUGGCCGGAGGAUGUCGGCGAGUACAAGUGCGUCGCCACCAACAGAUGGGGCCAGGACGAGACGGUCGGAGCGGUCAACAUCAUACCCGCAGUCGAGAAGGGCGAACCGCCGAAGUUUGUCACGCAGCUGCCGACUCCAGAGGUCAUGGAAGGUCAGCCAACCCACCUUGAAGCACAACUGGUUCCGGUCAAUGAUCCAACGAUGAAUGUGCAAUGGUUCUUCAAGGGAGAGCCUCUCAUCUCGGGCACCAAGUAUAUACCAAAGUAUGACUUUGGACUCGUUGAACUGGACAUUACUCAAACCUGGCCUGAAGAUGUUGGUGAAUACAAGUGUGUUGCUGUGAACAAGUGGGGCAUGGAUGAGACAGCAGGUGGACUCAAUGUGAAGCCUAGUCCUGAAAGGGGAGAACCACCCAAGUUCACGACGCAACUCCAACGACCUGUUGUACCAGAAAACACACCAGCACACUUGGAUGCCAAACUGAUACCAAUUAACGAUCCAACCAUGGUUGUUGCAUGGUUCUUCAACGGGAAACCUCUUCCAACUGGUACAAAAUACAGAACCAACCUUGACUUUGGACAUGUUGAAAUGGACAUUACUCAAACCUGGCCUGAAGAUGUUGGGGAAUACAAGUGUGUUGCUGUAAACAAGUAUGGCAGGGAUGAAACAACAGGUGGCCUAGCAUUGAUGCCUAGUCCUGAAAGGGGAGAACCACCCAAGUUCCGACGCAACUCCAACGACCUGGUAAGCAUCGUGGGGUUAAUUUACCAUAAUCAUAAUGAAGAAGAGAUAAGAAAUGUGACUUUGAAGGGAAAUAAUAAAUAG